AUGUUUGGACUUCGCGAAUCGAGGUGGCUGUUGUCUGCUAGCAGUGGUUGGCUUCAGGUUCACGGUGGUUGCUCAGGUUCAGGGCUUUGCUCGCCCGAACUCGAAGACGAAACGACUGGCUUCACGGUAGCUUCUCACUUGCCAGUCGUUUCUCCAGGUCGCUGGAGAAGGAGUGAACUGCAGACAGAGGGCGAAGGUUCGCGACUUCGCGUUAUGGUCGUUGAAUGGGUUUUGUUUGCUAUCGCCUCUCUGCCCUCUGUCGAUUUGGGAGAAUUUGGUGUGGGUUUUGGGCCUUUUUGCUAUGGGAGCAGGAGCAGUGAGCGUAAUCUUGUCUGUCUGUCGGAUGGCAAAGUGGGAGAAACAAGAAGAAGAAGGAGAAGCACACUGCUGAGAAAAGAACAAGAAGAGAAAGUUUGUAUAAUGACUGAGAAAAGGCAAAACCACCAUAUGGUGGCUGUGAGGGUGAAUGAACAACCGGGCACAAAGAGAAAGUAUUCAAUCAUCCACAGUGUUUCAAACUCAAGAAUCUUGGCACUUUGGAUAAUGCUAAUGUUGAUUUUUAGUGCACAAAUUUAUGAUUACAUGGACGAUGAGCACAAGGAGAGGAGGAAGGAAUUGCUUGUGAGCAUGUGUGACCAAAGGGCUAGAAUGUUGCAGGAUCAAUUCAGUGUUAGCGUUAACCACGUGCACGCCCUCGCCAUCCUCGUUUCCACUUUCCAUUAUCUCAAGAACCCAUCAGCAAUUGAUCAGCAAACUUUUGCUGAAUACACUGCCAGAACUGCUUUUGAGAGGCCAUUGUUGAGUGGGGUGGCAUAUGCAGAGGGAGUCGUAAAUUCAGAAAGGGAAGAAUUCGAGAAGCAACAUGGGUGGACAAUAAGAACGAUGGAGAGAGAACCUUCACCUACCAAGGAUGAGUAUGCUCCGGUGAUACUCUCUCAAGAAACUGUGUCCUAUAUUGAAUCACUUGAUAUGAUGUCCGGGGAGGAAGAUGGUGAAAACAUAUUGAGGGCACGGACAACUGGUAAAGCAGUUCUUACAAGCCCCUUCAGAUUGUUAGGUUCUCAUCAUCUUGGGGUUGUUUUGACCUUCCCUGUUUAUAAAUCAAAUCUUCCUCCAAACCCAACUGUGAAAGAUCGCAUUGAAGCAACUGCAGGUUAUCUUGGUGGAGCCUUUGAUGUCGAAUCCCUUGUUGAAAAUCUACUAGGGCAACUUGCUGGUAACCAGGCAAUAGUGGUUACCGUGUAUGACAUUACCAAUUCUUCUGAUCCAUUAAUCAUGUAUGGACACCAGUCUCAAGAGAGUGACAUUUCCCUUGCGCACGUGAGCAGGCUUGAUUUUGGAGACCCUUUCCGCAAACAUGAGAUGAUGUGUAGGUAUCUUCAAAAGGCUCCCCCGUCGUGGACGGCACUGACGACAGCAUUUUUCGUUUUUGUGAUUGGCUUUUUGGUUGGGUAUAUGAUAUAUGGCGCAGCGAUUCACAUUGUUAAAGUUGAAGAUGACUUCCAUAAAAUGCAGAAAUUGAAGGUCCGAGCUGAAGCUGCUGAUGUAGCCAAAUCCCAGUUUCUAGCGACGGUUUCCCAUGAAAUAAGAACUCCCAUGAAUGGCAUCCUUGGAAUGCUAGCUCUGCUACUAGAUACAGAACUGAGUUCCCCCCAAAGGGACUAUGCUCAGACUGCUCAAGCUUGUGGGAAGUCACUGAUAACAUUGAUAAAUGAAGUGCUUGACAGGGCGAAGAUUGAAGCGGGCAAGCUAGAACUUGAGGCAGUCCCUUUUGACAUUCGAUCCAUACUAGAUGAUGUUCUAUCCCUGUUCUCUGAGAAGUGUAGGAACAAGGGUAUUGAGUUGGCAGUAUUUGUUUCUGAUAAAGUCCCUGAAAUUGUUAUUGGGGAUCCAGGAAGAUUCAGACAAGUGAUUACAAAUCUUGUGGGCAACUCUGUCAAAUUUACUGAGCGAGGACAUAUAUUUGUUCAAGUCCAUUUGGCUGAACAAGCAAAAGCUAUGAUGGAUGUCAGAACUGAAAAAUGUUUGAAUGGAGUAUCUGAAUGUUUAGGACAAUCAAGCGGUCAUCAGUUUCAAACUUUGAGUGGUUAUCAGGCUGCUGAUGACCGAAACAGCUGGGAUAUCUUUAAGCAUUUGAUUACCGACGAUGACUUCCGGUAUGAUGCUACCAGUAAAGCAAUGACUGAUAAUACUCAUCAGAAUGUCACGCUGAUGCUGUGUGUUGAAGAUACGGGAAUUGGAAUUCCGGAACAUGCACAAAAACGAGUUUUCAUGCCAUUUAUGCAAGCUGACAGUUCAACAUCUAGAAAUUAUGGGGGAACAGGUAUAGGGUUGAGCAUUAGUAAGUGUCUUGUUGAGCUAAUGGGUGGUCAUAUAAACUUCAUUAGCCGUCUUCAUGUUGGAAGCACGUUUUUGUUCACUGUUGACUUCCAAAAAUGUGGGAAAAAUGCAGUUGGGGAUCUGAAAAAAACUGUAUCUGAUGAUCUUCCAAUGGCUUUCAAAGGGUUGAAAGCUAUUGUAGUUGAUGGAAAACCAGUUAGAGCUGCUGUCACAAGGUAUCACCUCAACAGGCUUGGUAUUCGGGUUGAAGCUGUCAGUAGCAUGAGGACAGCAAUUUCUGUAUCUGAUAAAUAUGGCUCCCUGAUAUCUAAAAAUGAAAGGCUGCCAGAUGUGAUUCUGGUUGAGAAAGAUUCAUGGAUUUCUGGCAAGGAUGAUAGCGUUCAUUUACAGUUAUCAGACUGGAGAAAAAAUGGCCAUUGUUAUAAGUUGCCUAAGAUGAUCCUUCUUGCAACCAAUAUUACCAGUUCUGAGCUUGACAAAGCCAUGGCAGCUGACUUUGCUGAUACUGUGAUCAUGAAACCUUUGAGAGCGAGUAUGGUGGCUGCAUGCCUUCAACAGGCGUUGGGAAUGGGUCAUAAGACACAGGAAAAAGUGUGCAAAUCAACUUUCCUCCGUAGCCUGCUCUGUAGCAAGAAGAUAUUGGUGGUUGAUGAUAAUAUGGUGAACCGCAGAGUUGCUGCUGGUGCACUCAAAAAGUUUGGGGCUGAUGUAGAGUGUGCUAAAAGUGGUGAAGAGGCUCUUAAGUGGCUUGAGCUACCACACAGUUUCGAUGCCUGCUUCAUGGAUAUUCAGAUGCCUGAAAUGGAUGGUUUUGAGGCAACUCGACGGAUUAGGCAAAUGGAGAGUAUUGCAAAUGAGCAGAUGCAUGGAGGAUGCACCAUUGAAGGAACUGAGGAAAAUGGUUUGUGGCAUAUGCCAAUAUUGGCGAUGACAGCCGAUGUUAUCCAUGCAACCUUAGACAAAUGUCUUAAAUGUGGGAUGGAUGGGUAUGUGUCCAAACCAUUCGAGGAAGAGAAUCUCUAUCAGGCUGUUGCUAAGUUCUUUGAAUCCAAGCCAGUCUCAGACUCGUUGCAAGAUUCCCAAAUCAUACGGACCGAACUCUUAUAA